AUGGCUUCAACAAAAGUUUAUUUAUGGCUUUCAUUCAUGAUUAUCACACAAACAGUCGGACAAGAUAUACGAUCAGAGGAAAUGUCUUUAAUACCUGAUUCUAAAUUUCAAUGUGCCAAUACAACAUGUUUACCAUUCAUUAGUGUUAUUACAACAGACAUUAGGAAUUGUCAGUUUGCCUGUUUAGGUCAAAGUCAAUGCAUAGCAGCUACUUUUCAUCGAUCAACUUCAAAUUGUGAAUUAUUUGAUAAUAUGUUGAACCAAAAUGGAAAUGUGUUGGCUGAUGUGGAUGCUACCAGUAUGAAUGUUAUUAGUGGAACACGAUUUCCACCUGAAUGGACAAUGACGGGAAACAUGAGCAUCGCACGAUAUUAUCACACAGCAUCCGCAUUAGCAAAUGUAUCAGUAUUAGUUGCUGGUGGAUCGGACAGGAAUGGUGUUUAUCUCAAUAGUGCUGAGCUGUACAAUCCAUCAACAGGCACUUGGACAAUCACAGGAAGCAUGAGUAUCGGACGAAGUUGGCAUACAGCAUCCACAUUAGCAAAUGGAUCAGUAUUAGUUACUGGUGGAAUGAGCAGCGGUAGUUUUCAUCUCAAUAGUGCUGAAUUGUACAAUCCAACUACAGGCACUUGGGCAACCACAGGAAACAUGAGUAGCGGACGAUAUUAUCACACAGCAUCCACACUAGCAAAUGGAUCAGUAUUAGUUGCCGGUGGACAGAUCAACGGUUUUACUGCUCUCAAUAGUGCUGAGUUGUACAAUCCAUCAAAAGGCACUUGGACAACUACAGGAAGCAUGAAUGUCAUACGAGGAUAUCACACAGCAUCCACAUUAGCAGAUGGAUCAGUAUUAGUUGCUGGUGGACAGAGCAACGCUGCUACUACUCUCGAUAGUGCUGAGUUGUACAAUCCAUCAACAGGCACUUGGACAACUAUAGGAAGCAUGAAUGUCGCACGAGAAUAUCACACAGCAUCCACAUUAGAAAAUGGAUUAGUAUUAAUUGCUGGUGGAUAUAAUAGUACUAGUUAUCUCAAUAGUGCUGAAUUGUACAAUUCAACAACAGGUACUUGGACAAUCACAGGAAGCAUGAAUACCGGACGAAGUUGGCAUACAGCAUCCACAUUAGCAAAUGGAUCAGUAUUAGUUGCUGGUGGACGUGACGGUACUAGUUAUCUCGAUAGUGCUGAAUUGUACAAUCCAUCAACAGGCACAUGGACAACCGCAGGAAGCAUGAGUAUCGCACGAGAAUAUCACACAGCAUCCAUAUUGGCAAAUGGAAAAGUAUUAGUUACUGGUGGAUGGGACAGCUUUAGUGCUUUCAAUAGUGCUGAGCUUUAUUAA